CAAUGAAGCUGGUCAUUAUAUCCAGUAUGCUUCCCGCUGGUGUGAAGUUAAUCACAUGGGAAACUGUUCAGUCCUGAAGAAGGGUCUCGGCAUGAAAUGUCGACUGUUAACUCUUUUCCGUAGAUGCUGCCUGACCUGCUGGGUUCCUCCGGUAUUUUGUCUGUGUUGCUUUGGAUUUCCAGCACCUGCAGACUUCCUCGAGUUUGGGAACUGCUCACCUUUUCUUGCCUUUGCUUCAGAGCAAAGAUUACUUCAACUUCAGCCAUCGAACUGCAGUUUGCAGAUGACACUUGUAUAUGUUUCAAGGUCAAACCCUAAAUGAUUGUGGGCUUGUUUGUUAACGUGCAUGGGAGAAUACAAGAGCUGCCUGGAAGGAGUUUGUAAUCCUCCCUGUGACUGUGUGGGUUUUCUCUGGGUCCUCCCGCAGCCCACAGAUGUGCUGGUUGGUACGUUAAUUGGUCAUUGAAAAUUGGGAGUUUGCUGGGCAGUACAGAUCGAAGGGCCUAUUCUGCGUUGUAUCUCAGCAAACAACAAAUAUGAAAGGACCUGGAUGAGGAGACCAAGCUUAAUGUGGCUACAUUUAAUGAGAUCUCAGCAUGAACAAUAUUACCGAGCUGCCCAAGAGAGGCCUUAGCAAUGCCCACUUCCUUGAGGAGUUGCGUCUUGCAGGAAAUGACUUGACGAACAUCCCUAUGGGAGCAUUUGAUGGUCUUUACAAUCUUAAAGUCCUCAUGUUGCAGAAUAAUCAGCUAUGGACAGUUCCUGAAGAGGCACUACAGAAUUUGAGGAGUCUUCAGUCACUACGACUGGAUGCGAAUCAUAUCUCCGUUGUGCCACCAAACUGUUUCAAUGGGCUGGUUUCACUUAGACACCUCUGGCUGGAUGACAAUGCUUUGACAGAUAUUCCGGUUAAAGCCCUGAGCACUUUACCUUGCCUACAAGCCAUGACCUUGGCAUUGAACAGAAUUACUCAUAUCCCAGACUAUGCAUUUAGGAACCUUUCCAGUUUGGUAGUUCUGCAUCUGCACAACAAUCAGAUUCACUCCCUGGGAAAGAAAUGCUUUGAUGGUCUUCACAGCCUAGAAACAUUAGACCUGAACUAUAACAACCUGGAUGAAUUUCCUGUUGCCAUGAAGGUUUUGGCCAACCUCAAAGAAUUAGGGUUCCACAGCAACAACAUAGAGUCAAUCCCUGAAUAUGCAUUCUCCAAUAAUCCGUCACUUAUAACAAUCCACUUCUAUGACAACCCCAUUCAAUUUGUUGGAAGAUCCGCUUUCCAACAGCUACCUGAAUUACACAUACUCUCACUUAAUGGAGCCACAGAAAUAACUGAAUUUCCUGACCUUACUGGAACCAUCAAUUUGGAGAGUCUGACUCUGACAGGAGCACGAAUUAAGUCCAUUCCAAGCACUGCUUGUCAACAGUUACCGAAUCUUCAAGUCUUAGAUCUAUCCUAUAACUGGAUCGAUCAUCUACCGAGUCUCAAUGGCUGUGAAAAGCUUCAGAAACUUGACCUGCAUCACAACAAGCUUAAUGAAAUCCAGCAGGAUACUUUCCGACAACUCACCGCCCUGAAAUCACUUGACCUCAGCUGGAACAAGAUUGCACUUAUUCACCAAGAAGCAUUUAUUUCUUUACCGUCCUUAAUCAAACUUGACCUUACCUUCAACUUUCUGACAUCUCUUCCUCUGUCUGGGCUAAGUGGCUUGACACACCUGAAGCUAACAGGCAAUCAAGCUCUGCUAGACUUGCUGCCCAUAGACAGCCUCCAUAAUCUAAGGGUACUGGAAAUGCCAUAUGCUUAUCAAUGUUGUGCCUACAGACCUUGUGAAAGUUCCUACAAACUUGCAAAUCAACAGGAACAAGUAGAAGAUAACAGUAAUGAUGAAACUUACAAACGGGACGCUGGAAUGCUAUCUGGUCAAGAUGAUCAGGACCUAGAUGAUGCAUUCAUUGAACUUGAGGAGGUUCCAAAAGUCCAUUCUGUCCAAUGCACUCCAACUCCAGGACCCUUCAAGCCUUGUGAACAUCUGUUUGGCAGCUGGAUGAUACGACUUGGAGUUUGGACCGUUGUUUUACUCUCUCUGGCUGGUAAUUGCUUGGUCGCCACAACUGUUUUUGGAUCUCCAGCGUUUAUUUCCCCUCCCAAACUUCUAGUAGGGCUCCUGGCACUGGCAAACUCACUGAUGGGCGUCUACAGUGGUGUAUUGGCAAUUGUGGAUCUAUUAACAUUAGGCAAAUUCGCAAAAUAUGGAGCAUGGUGGGAAAAUGGAAUUGGCUGUCAGGUGGCAGGCUUUCUCUCCAUCUUUGCUUCUGAAUUGUCCAUUUUCCUGCUGACGGUUGCAACUGUUGAACGCAACCUAUCCACGAAAUGUGACACAAGACAAGGCAAAACCCUAGCUAGCAUCAAAUUGGCGGCAACGUUCUGUGUGAUUCUGGCUUGCAUUGUAGCAAUGCUGCCGCUGUUUCACAUUGGAGAUUACGGGAUCUCGCCACUUUGUUUUCCAUUACCCUUUGGGGAGCCCUCCACUUUAGGCUUUCUUGUGGCUUUAGUCUUGCUGAACUCUCUUUGCUUUCUUGUCAUGACGAUAACCUACACAAAGCUAUACUGCGGUUUGGAAAAGGGAGACGUGCACAGCUUCUGGGACUGUUCAAUGGUGAAACAUAUUGCCUGGCUGCUGUUCACUAACUGCAUCCUGUACUGCCCUGUGGCUUUCCUGUCAUUUUCUUCCUUGCUGAACCUCAUGAUUAUUAGUCCAGACGUAGUGAAGUCAAUACUUCUAGUGAUUCUUCCGUUGCCAGGAUGCCUGAAUCCCUUGCUCUACAUUCUUUUCAACCCACAUUUCAAGGACGAUUUUGGACUCUUGAGGAAGAAUCAGCGAUUAUGGAAGAAUUCAAAGCAGAGAAGUUUGGCUUCUUUAAGCUCAGAAGAUGCUGAGAAGCAGUCCUGUGAUUCUACUCAAGAACUAGUUAUACGCUCAGGCAGUUAUGCAGCCUCUGGCAUGUCCUGUCACUCAGCAAACAACAGUUCAGUGCAGACAUCUUACCAGAUGAUGGAGACCUGCCAACACCCAUCAGUAACAUUUGCUCACUGCCACUAGAGGGAAGCACUGAGAAGAUCAUUCUUGCCUCAUGAAAUUGCUGUAGAUAGUUGUCUGUGUGUGUUUUUUUUUUAAGAUGCAUUAUUAUGCCUGCUGCUUUCUGGCAAAGACAUUCAAUGUGCAGAAGAAACAGAUUAUGAUCUGAAACAGGAUGGGAGAUCCAAGAAACGAUUUUGUUCAUUCUGUGAGGUUCCCCAAUGGGCAUGUUUGCAUACCAAUUACUGCAGUAACUUUAUCAUGAAAACAUGAUUGUUCUACAUGAAAUUCAUGUUCACCAAUUAAAUAUUUGACAACUUCCACAUUGGUUUGGUGGAUUCAAAGCUUGGGGUGGUACAAUACUGUAAUAGUUAGCACAACACUUUACAGUACAGGCAACCCAGGUUCAAUACCCACUUCUGCCUAUAAGGAGUUUGUACAUUCUCCCAGUGACCACGUGGAUUUCCUCUGGGUGUUCCAAUUUCCUCCCAUAGUUCAAAGUUGUACCAGUUGGUAGAUUGACUGGUGAUUGUAAAUCAUCUGGUGAUUAGGCUGGGAUUAAAACAGGGGAUUUGCACUGCAUGGCUCAAAGGGCCAAAAAGGUCUCAGUAAAGAAAUAAUAAAUAAAACUGAUUAAUUAGCUGCUAACUUUCUCCAUUCAGCCUCACAGAUGAGAGGCAUAAAAAGACUUCAAUAUAGGUGAUACUAUUUCAAAGGAAAGAAGUACUUUAUCUUGUAAUUGCCACCAAAUGCUGCAUUCUUUGGGUUCAAGGCUUUAAAUGCAAAUCCUAUUUUCUAUUUGUGAUACAUUUCUUGUAACAGGUGUACUUCUAUGUCAUAGUUUCUGAGGUGUAAAAUCCCCUUUUAAACAAUUUCACCUUAUACAAAAGUAGUUGUUAACAGUAAGACUUUUCCCAUUAGGACACACAAGUAACAGCUCGGUGGUCCUUCCGAGAUGCAUAUAUGAGAGGAGGGACAGGUAAACGCACAAUUUCAUCUGCAACUCAUAAUGAGUGUUAUGUUUGAUGGCUAUUUUCUCUUUCCCACAUCAUCCAUUUUGUGCAGAAAUAGCUGAAGGGGGCAAUGAAAAAUCACCUUGGCUAACCAACAUUAAACAAAUAAUGUACAUUUGACAAAAAGGAUGCUAAGAACAACUCAGCAUGUCAGGUUGCAUCCUUGGAAAGAGAGAGGAACAGUGAAUACUUCAGGGAUCAAUGCCCUUUCAUCAAGACGAUACAUAUGUCCUCCUAUAGAACACCAACAUAAAUAUUUAGUUUGCUUGAUCUCAGUGGAAUUGAAUGUAGAGAGUGCAGUUCAGUCAAUGUCUAAUACUUUAACACCUAUUAGAACAAACAGAACCCCACUCAUCGCCUUUGCCUUAAAGCUCAUUAACUUUUGGGUGCCACUAGGUGAAGCAGUCAGUUGAAUCAAAACAUCUAAUAACAAGGUAUAUGAAAAUAUUAAGGCCAGAAAUUCUGCAGAUGCUGGAAAUCCAAAACAAUUCACACAAAGUGCUGGAGGAACUCAGCAGGUCAGGCAGCAUCAAUGUCUAUUCAGGAUUGGAAAGGAAAUGGGAGGAUGCCAGAAUAAAAAGGUGUGGUGUGGGGAGGGGGCUGGGGUGGAGAAGGAGGCGAGCUGGAAGGUGAUAGGUGAAACCAGGUGGGUGGGAAAGGUCAAGGGCUGGAGAGGAAGGAAUCUGAUAGGAGAGGAGAAUGGACCAUAGGAGGAGGGGACCCAGGGAAAAGUAAUAGGCAAGUGAGAACAUUAAAAAUAUUUGAUUACACAAUCUUAAUUGGUCAUAACGCCAAAACUUCCUUCAGUGAUCCAAUGGGACAGAGCGCAUAAUUCCAGACUUUAAAACACUAUAGCAUGUUAUCAUUUAACAUUGUACAUUUAAUUCUCAUUACUUUAUUAAAAAUAUAGCUGUGCUUUUGUUUCCAGCAUUACAAUUCUAUGAUAAAAAUCUUCCUGGCUUAAGUUAACUGUGGCAUAGCAGCUGGUGUUUGUAUUGUGUAAUUCCAGCAUCCUGAGUUCAAAUUCGGACCUUUUUAAAUUUGAUACAUUCUCCAUGGGUUUAACAUGGAUUUUCUCUGGGUGCUCCAGUUUCUUCCCUUAUUGCAAAGACAUGCUUGUGGGUUAAUUGGCUACAUUCAAUUACUCCUUUCUGUAGAAUAGUGGGAGGAGAAUUGGGUGGAGUUGGUAGGCAUGUGAGAGGGGGAAGGUAAGUGGGGAAAAGGGGAACAAUGGGAUUGCUCUGAGAGCCAGCAUAGAUUUGACAGCCUGAGUGGCCUCCUAUUAUGUAAGGCAAUCUCAAUAGAUCACAUAUUUAUUCAUGUGUUAACUUAAGUCUGUGUAUUUUUAUGCAAUUCACUUUGGUGAUAACUGCAUCUUUGGGUGAAGAAAACUAAAAUAGUAAGUAGUUUAGCAACAGUUUUCAGGAAAGAAUUUGAAUAACAUUACACCCAAUUAAAAAUGCACGUUUCUUCCAGACUUGCAGUAUAUCUUUGCAUAAUACAACAAAAGAGAAAAACAAUAAAUAUUCAAAAGCAAUUGUAAUUUUUUAAAUCCAGAUGUCUAUAAAAUAUAUGUACAUUUAUGAUAAUAAGAAUGUAUUUAUUUCUGUUAUAAGGACAAUUAACAAUUUUGUAUCCAGUAUGAUCUCAUAUAACCUUUGUCAUGAAGAACUGAAUCAUAAAUUAGGCCUCUAUUGAUAAGUGUUACAUUCUUUGUGCAUUUUAAAAAUCUUGAAUGAAGAAGGAAUAUAUUACCAUGUAUUCAUUUUUGGGUUGUAUAUAAUGUAUGUAAACAUCUAGCUGUAGAUAGUUUGGCUACUUCAGAGUGGAAAUAAGGAAACAAAAAUAAAUACAAUAAACAACAUCUUAUUUCUAUUGUCCAUACGAUAUUUUUUUUAACACCCCUUAUGCACUGGGAUUUAGGGUAGCAUUGAAAGUGCUCCAUCUCUGUCUGUCCAUACUGUCGCACACCAAUGUAGAAUGAUUCUUCAUUGCUGUUUCUGUAACAGUUUUGAUUUACCAAUCAGGUAUAUUAGCCCUGAGCUGAACCCCUGAACCCGGAGGACUGGUGGAUCACUCUUCUCUGGCUUCUGCCAUUUGACCUGUUCGGCACGGAUGACCCUACCAAGAGCCAAAGCAUAAAACCCUGACUCCAGCCAACAUAGUUCUCUGGAUACUGAGGCAUGCAGGCCUCCAAACCACAACAAGGUUAUGAUUAUCUUGCAAGUCAUAAGCUGUGCUGUCAUGAAACUUCCUUGUUAGCUACUAUAACAGUGAAAUGGGAAGUAGCCCCAGUUACAAUGAAGAUAGAAAAGAUCGAAACUGUUUGCUUUAGGCAGAAACUU